AUGGCCCUUUGGGAGUUCGAGUACAAAUACAGGAGAGAGCACAAACUGCUCGGCAAUCCGGCAGAUCUUCCGCCGAUGUCAUUCCGUAAGCACGACGACAACACGACUUCUGCAGGAGCUGGAGCCUUUGGACGGGCCGUAAGGAAGCUGACCCCACGCAAGGCUAGCCUGAUCAACCUAAUGAAGGGCAAGGGCUGGAACAAAUCCGACGACUCGACUGAGCGGAACCAAGAGACGUCCUCGGACGGUUCAUAA